AUGAAUACAUUAUUGGAGAUCGACUUUACAUUCAAGUCAAGACAGUUCACUCUGCUGCUAAAGCAAGCGGCACUUAUAUUCAAACAGAAGGAGCGUGCGAACUACUCAAAGUACUUGAACACCGAAACGAUCACGGGCUUUGACGAGGCCUCCGAAGCUGCCUUCCCCAACCGCGUCAUUCUGCACGCAUGCAUCAACGUCUCCACCGACAAGAACAAGGAGGUGCGUAAGCGCAAGGACUACUUGCUCGACUUUGAGUCACCACUCGACUCCAAGAAGUUCACAUCGGCCAUCCAGCAGCAUGUUCUCGAUCGCAUGCCUGGUGGCCCACCUCAGAACAGACGUGUCAGGGUCAUCCUGAAUCCAAAGAGUGGCAAGCGAAUGGCCGAGACCAUAUACAAGAACAUCGAGCAAUUGCUCAAGAACGAUGCCAAGAUGUUUGUCAAGAAGACCACGACCAAAGGCCCUGACCACGCCAAGCAGAUUGGAUACAAGUUCAACUACGAAAAGUACGACACAAUCGCCUUUAUCAGUGGCGACGGAUUGUUCCACGAGUUUAUCAAUGGUCUGCUGGCACGCGAUGAUUGGAUGCAGGCCAAGAACAUCAGAUUAUGUCUGAUCCCCGCCGGCACAGGCAAUGGUAUCGCAUGCUCGCUGGGCCUGGCCGACUCAAUGUCGUCGGCUCUGGCAUGUGUCCGCGGCUGUGCCAGACCUCUCGACAUUUCAAUCGUGCAACAGGGCGCUCAAAAGUGGGCCUCGAUUCUAUCACUCACAUGGGGACUCGUAUCGGACGUGGACAUUGAGUCUGAGCGAUUCCGUGCACUUGGUCCCAUCAGACUUCACCUUGGCGCCUUCCUUCGUAUCAUGAACCUGCGAGUAUACCAGGGCAAGAUCAAGUAUCUGCCCGCACUCGACCAGCCCAAGAGCGAGCUGAGCAAGAUCCCCAAGUGUGGACCAACCUGCGAGAUCUGCCGCAGUGUCGAUAGUGCGCAGACCAUCAACAACAUUCUCUCCAACUCGACCGACAGCCUCAAGGGCAGCAACGGCAUCUUGAAGGACAGCACAGGCAUCAACCGCAGCGGACAGAUACUCAAGGGCAGCUCGGACACACAAUGGACUAUUCAAUCGUCGUCUGCCGAUCUGACUGCAUCAUCACUCUCGUCGAGCACACCAUCGCCGGCGUCACUUUCACAAUCGAUCAAUGGCGACGACACAACAGCAGCCCCCGUCAAACCACUUAACCUCUCAUCAUCCACCUCAUCGUCGCCACUGUCCUACUCGCAGUCGUCGGUGCCUUCGUCACCAAAGGUGGCCACACGCGAGAUCGUUGUGCCCCAGCCAAAGGUGCCAUCGGACAACCCAUUGCAACAGUCGACGUUGAGCGAGGAGUGGAAGACAAUCGAGGGCGACUUUAUUGGAUUCAUUGCCAGCACCGUAACACAUCUCUCAUCUGACUUUAUCGCCUCGCCAUCCGCUCAUUACUCGGACGGCUUCAUCGAGAUGGUCGUCAUUAAGCACAGCCCCAAGAUAUCCAAGGCGGCAUUGAUAUCGAUCCUCACCGACGCCGAGACAGGCAAGCACAUUCACAGUCCUUUCAUUGAUCUGUACAAGGUCAAGGCAAUCAUUCUAGAGCCAGGCCUUAUCAACAAGAAAGAGGGCAUUCUGGCAGUUGACGGCGAGAGGAUCUCUUAUGGCACAACAUCAAUGGAGUGUAUUAGAGGUUGCAUCAAUCUGGUAUGCAAGGACCGCUAA